AUGAGUUUCAAAGGGUUUACCAAAGCCAUUAAUAGGGCUCCACAAAACUUUAGACAAAAGUUUCAUAUGGGUACAAGUACCUCAGAUCCUGUUUAUGAAGAUGCUGAAAGAAGAUUUAAGGAAAUUGAAGUUGAAACUCAAAAAUUGAGUGAUGAAUCCAAGAAAUAUUUCACAGCCGUUAAUGGUAUGUUGAAUCAUCAAAUUGGGUUUUCAAAAGCUAUGGAGGAAAUCUUUAAACCAAUUUCUGGUAAAUUGUCUGAUCCAAACUCAACUAUUCCUGAAGAUAAUCCAGAAGGUAUUGAAGCUUCAACACAAUAUAGAGAGAUCGUGGCAGAUUUACAAACUACAUUGAAACCAGAUUUGGAAUUAAUCGAUACCAAGAUUGUUAAACCUGCACAAGAAUUAUUAAAAGUGAUUCAAAGUAUUAGAAAAAUGUCUGUUAAAAGAGCUCAUAAACAAUUGGAUUUGGAUAGACAUAAAAACACUUAUAUGAAGUAUGAAAACAAGAAGGAGAGAACUCCAAAAGAUGAAGAAAAACUAUACAAGGCUGAAGCUGAUGUUCAAAUUGCACAAGAAGAAUAUGAUUAUUAUAAUAAUAUGUUGAAGGAAGAAUUACCAAUCUUAUUCCAAAUGGAGGCACAAUUUGUUCAACCUCUAUUCGUUUCAUUUUAUUUCAUGCAAUUGAAUAUUUUUUACACAUUAUACAAUAAAUUUGAAGAUAUGAAGAUUCCAUACUUUGAUUUGAAUACAGAUAUUGAAGAAGCAUUUGCUGCUAAAAGAGGUGAUAUUGAAGAAAGGGUUGCAGAAAUUGGUAUUACCCAUUUCAAAGUUGGACAUGCUAGAGCUAAACUAGAAAUGACUAAACGUCGUUAUGGUAAAGGAGGUGAAGAAUCUCCAGGAGGUGUUGUUUCUCCAACCUCAACAGGGUCUAACCUACCACCAUACACACCACCACCAACAGGUGCUGCUGGAGGUUAUGGUCUUACACCACAAGGCUAUCCAGAUGAAAAGAAGGAUCCAUAUGGUCAACAGCCAGCUUAUGGCCAACAACCAGCUUAUGGUCAACAACCGGCUUAUGGCCAACAAGCUACACCUCAAUCAUACGGAGCAGCUCCAGCUUAUGCUACACCACCUACACAAUAUUCAAGUCCAGCACCAGCAGCUGCAGUGCCGCAAUAUGGUUCUCCGGCACCAGCUCCAGUGCCAGCUCCAGCAGCUGAAACUUGUACAGCAUUGUAUGAUUAUAGCGCACAAGCUGAAGGGGACUUAUCAUUCGCCGCAGGUACUGUUAUUGAAAUUGUCCAAAGAACUGCAGAUGCUAAUGGAUGGUGGACUGGUAGAGCUAAUGGAGUUACUGGUGUUUUCCCUGGUAAUUAUGUUCAAUUGAAUUGA